CCACGAAGGGCCUGGCCCUAAAUCAAUUGCCUGCUCGAGAGCCGGUUCAAAGUUAAAGAAUCAGGGUGGGGGGGACAGGUUAAUAUGGCGGAAGUGAAAGACACCGAAGACCUACCGGAGAUUGAGGACAGCCAGAGUCUUGUGUCACUCACCAGAUCGGAAUGUGGUCUUUGGAACAAGCGGGCGGAUUCCGGUGCGGGGACCACGAGAACCAGCGACUCUUCGAGAUGCUUGGACGAAAAUGCUGGACGCUGGCCACUGCAGUUGUUCAGCUGUACCUGGCGCUGCCCCCUGGAGCCGAGCACUGGACCAAGGAGCAUUGUGGGGCUGUGUGCUUCGUGAAGGAUAACCCCCAGAAGUCCUACUUCAUCCGCCUUUACGGCCUUCAGGCUGGCCGGCUGCUCUGGGAACAGGAGCUGUACUCACAGCUGGUCUACUCCACUCCCACCCCCUUCUUCCACACCUUUGCCGGAGAUGACUGCCAAGCGGGCCUGAACUUUGCAGAUGAGGGUGAGGCCCAGGCCUUCCGGGCCCUGGUGCAAGAGAAGAUACAAAAAAGGAAUCAGAGGAAAAGUGGAGACAGACGGCAGCUACCCCCACCACCAGCACCAGCCAAUGAAGAGAGAAGAGGGGGGCUCCCACCCUUGCCCUCACACCCAGGUGGAGACCAAGGGGGCCCACAAACUGGCCCACUGUCCUUGGGGCUGGUGACAGUGGACAUCCAGAAUCCUGACAUCACAAGUUCACGAUACCGUGGGCUCCCAGCACCUGCUCCUGGCCCAGCUGAUAAGAAACGCUCUGGAAAGAAGAAGAUCAGCAAAGCAGAUAUUGGGGCACCCAGUGGAUUCAAACAUGUCAGCCACGUGGGGUGGGACCCCCAGAACGGAUUUGACGUGAACAACCUGGACCCGGAUCUGCGGAGCCUGUUCUCCAGGGCAGGAAUCAGUGAGGCUCAACUCACUGAUGCAGAGACCUCCAAACUCAUCUACGACUUCAUUGAGGACCAGGGCGGGCUGGAGGCUGUGCGGCAGGAGAUGAGGCGUCAAGAGCCGCCCCCACCGCCAUCUCGAGGAGGGAACCAGCCCCCCAGACCACCUCUGGCGGGGGGUAACAAGGGCCGUUCUGGUCCACUACCCCCUGUACCUUUAGGGGGCGCUCCGCCCCCACCCACGCCCCGAGGACCCCCACCCCCAGGCCGAGGGGGCCCUCCACCACCACCCCCUCCAGCCACUGGCCGCUCUGGACCACCGCCCCCUCCGCCCCCUGGAGCUGGGGGGCCAGCCAUUCCACCUCCCCCGCCCCCUCCCCCACCGCCACCCCCCAGCUCCGGGGAUGGGCCAGUGCCUCCCCCGCCCCCACUUGCUCCGCUGUCUGGGGGUUGCAUGGCCUCUGGAGGGGGUCGGGGGGCGCUUUUGGAUCAAAUCCGGCAGGGAAUUCAGCUGAACAAGGUGAGGACCAGCAGAAGGGAGGACUGGGGUCUGGGACUCCGGGGUGUCAGGUGCAAGUCAGCAUACAGGGAGGCGGAGGCUGAGACUGAUGGGGGUGCCAGGCCUUGGGGUUUAGUGCUAAGCUUGGGAGGUGGGUGGGGAGCCUUGAAAGGGAUUGACGUGUGGGAGGAAAAAUUACAAAGAAGGGGCGGAAGAAGUACUGAAACUCUCCUUGCUGCAGACUCCCGGGGCCCCAGAGAGCUCAGCCCUGCAGCCGCCACCGCAGACCUCCGAGGGGCUGGUGGGCGCCCUGAUGCACGUGAUGCAGAAAAGAAGCAGGGCCAUCCACUCUUCCGACGAAGGAGAGGACCAGGCCGGCGAUGAGGAUGAAGACGACGAGUGGGACGACUGAGUCACUGCCCACUCCCUACUCUGCUCUCUACUGCCCCUGCCUCCCGGCCCCGACUCUGCACCCCAGACCCCCAAAUCCCAUUUCUUCCCUGAACCCUACCUUGACUGCUGUUCUCCCUGCCUGGUCCCCACAAUCACCCUCCCAAUACCAAGGGCCUUUUUAUAUAUAUAUAAAAAUUCUCAGUCCUCUUCACUCAAGGAUUUUUAAGUAAAAAAUAAAGUCAUUGUCUUUUUGUCUUC